AUGUCGCCCAUGUCGCCGAUGUCGCCGAUGUCACCCAUGUCGCCAUCAAUCGAGAGCAGCGGGGAGGACGAGGAGCAGCCACGCUGGUGCGGACAUCGCCGAAGUCACAUCGUUCUUUACGUUGUGUUGACGAUCGCUGCGGUGGUCCUCUACGUGGCUGGCGUCAUGCCCAGCCAACCCAAGGAGGUGGAGCCGGCGGUGAUCCCGAAACCGGCUGUCAAACACAAGGUCGCCAUGUCAGCGGAGGAGCUGCCAAGCAAGUCCGACGAAGAGAUCGAGCCUGAGGACGUCGUUGCAAACUGCACGAGCUGGUCGCAGUAUUGA